CACUGUAUGUGGCUUUGUGGAAUGCCGGUCUUUAUUAUAGAAAUAUUACAGUUGAUUACAAUAGUUUUACUAUUGCAAUUGUUGCUGCAAGGGUUAGACUCUCUGUUGGGUGCAAAGCUUUUUUUCAUUGGAUAAUAAAUCAUGGUAACUUUGUCUGUUCAUUGGAGAUAACCCUUGAAAAGACAGCGCAUGCAUGAAGACACAUUUUCCUGUUUAGCUGCUACAGAUAAGUAAUUACGGAAUUCGGGAUACGUUGAAUGUAUGGAAAUAAAAUGGAAUGAAUCACAGAAAAAUUGUGUUGUAAUUCUUAUGUUCAAUGAAUGACGUAUCCACAUGACUACUGUCACAACCCAGUUCAAAGGUUGGACAACCUUUAAGGGGGCACAGCACAUGAGAGAACAGUCUUUCUAUUGAUUUAAGAUCAACAAAUAUUAAUGACUGUGGGCGUCUGUGGUAUCUGUGGUGUUUACAUUUACAUUUAGGGGAUUUAACCUGUUGAGGACAACCAUCUUGGUGCCGGGAUCUGUUAGCAGAGACAUUAGUGUUUGUGUUUAUGUGUGUGUGUAUGUGUGUGAUUGCAGGACUGUUUGCCCUGCUGUUGAUAGUGCUAGAGUGGACCCAACCCUGCCUGCCUUCCCCUCUGAGACCCAUCUGCGACCUGAGGGUCCUCAACCACUUCAUCAAGGAGGCCAGAGACGCAGAGACUGCAAUGCGGUCGUGUUUGGAAGGAUGCAGUCUCUCCGAGUCCGUCACUGUUCCCCAAACCAGAGUCGACUUUGAAAUCUGGGAGAGGAAAACUGCAGAGGUCCAAGCACAGGAGGUGCAGUCGGGCCUGUGGCUGUUGCACCAGGCCCUGAGUCUGCUGCAGAGCUCCGUCACCAACACAGCGCUGCAGAGCCACUUAGACAACAGCCUCCGGAACCUGCUCAGCACCAACGCCGUGCUGCGCAGCCUCAACUUCCAGGAGUACGUCCCUACAGACAGUGGCCUGGACGGGGAAGAUACAUGGCGGGUAUCCACGGCCACAGAACUUCUUCAAGUGUACGUCAACUUCCUGCGUGGCAAGUUGCACCUCCUCCUGUCAGGUGCACAGGCAUGCCAGCAAGACGUCAGCUGAUUGGCCAAGAAACUGGACAGAGUUUUUUUUUCCUUUAAUUGUAUAUUUAUUGUAUUCAACACUUUUUGACCACCCUACCACCGCGCUUAUUGGACAUAACGGAAAGUGGCAAAUUAUGUAUCCGCCACGUACCAAAGAAACGGACGACUUUGGGCGGAGGCUGAGAGCCAAAAUGGCGGCCCUUACUUCUUCUAAGACUGCACCUUGGAAUGUGAAGACGUGGCGUCUGGACAUGUGGGGGGGAGGGGGGGGAAUGGGGCAGCACACAUAGACUAAGGCAGAUGCAUUGCACUGCUUCAAAAGCUUUCCAAUCAGCACUCUUCAAGCACUUUGUGUGUGUGUAUGUGUGUGUAUACUUGUUGUGUGACGACCGCUCGUUUCAAUUUGUGUUUGUAAAAAGUGUGUUUGUACACGUACGUGUGUGUGUGUGUAUGUGUGUGUGUGUGUGUGUGUAUGGGUAUGUGUGUACGUGCGUGCGUUGGUGUUUUCUGUCAAUUUGACCCUUGAACCCACCUCUUCUGAUUGUAUGGUGGACUCACAGCAGUGGACAAUGCGAGGCAGUGGACCACCCAGAGAGUAUAGUUUGCACCUGGAAAACGGCAGAACGAUAAGUUUGCAACAUCCUUUUUCCCAUCGCCACUUCAGAGAAGGCCGGGUGGAGUGUUGCCCUGAUUUUUAUCCUUAGCCUCACCAGAACACAAUGAUGUUAUUCUACAGUAAAUAUUUUAAUAUAUAUUUGUAAUUGUUCUGCAACAGAUUAUUUAUAAAGAUUUUUAUUUCUGCCUUUUUAGAGCUGCAGUCACUGUUGAAUGUACUUUUUUACACUCUCGCCUUUUAGGUGUGUUGGGGGGGUUCCUCGAGCCCCCUGUUGCUGGCUAGAGCUUCAAGCUCACCCGUAGAGGUGUCCGUCACACCCAGAUCAUCUUGAACAUGUAUCUUUAUGGGUAGAGAUGCCUAGCGUUGUCUUUUUAAAGUUUUAUACUCGCUACUCUCCAGAAGUAAAGAAACAUUCAGACAAUUAAUUAAUUAAAAAAGAAAAAGUG